GCGGAACCAAAGAUGAGCGAGAGGAAAGACGAAGUCUCAUUCUCACCCACACCGCACACUUUCAAAACCAGGAAAAAAAGAAGCGAAGCUGUCUGAGAACUAGGAGCAACCUUUGACGAUAACGACAAAGAGGUCCUCAUGAUAAUAAAAGGGUUGUUUAGGAGAUAUGAAAGAUGGAACCCUGUGCAUCCAACUUCAGGAGCCUUUUGGGGCAUGGGAAUAGGCAUUGGCUGUGGUGUUGGGUGGGGUCCUGGAUUUGGCCCUGAGGUGAUCGGCUAUGUUGGAGCUGGCUGUGGUGUUGGAUUUAGUGUGGGCUUCACACUGGUUGGAGUUGGCAUUGGCCUUCCCGCUAAUUUUGUCUUUGAAGUUCCUUACAACGCUAUAACGGCAGCGAGAAGUGGUGCAUUGGAGUUUUCCCAGUCCAAGCAUCUUCUUUCAGUAAGCAAUGUUGCAAGGGGUGGCUGGAAUAAUAUUGCUCCUCGAAUUUCUGGCUUGCACAGAGAAGCCAGAGGGAGAUUUUCUAGCUUUAAGGAAAAUAAUUUGUUUGGCCAUAUGAGAUGCAUACUUCCUAUCCAUGCCAUGUCCAUCUCAAAAGGCUUUGAGAGGCUUGGCAGCCACAUCUUCUGCCCUCAAAAAGAAUGUGCUUCUGCUUGAGGGCAAUGAAUUCCUGUUUAUCAACAGGGUGCAUGAACCCGCAAGGAUAACUUGAAUUUCAAAUAUUUUGGGUCGGCUACAUCAAUCGACAAUAGGGCUGCAGCUAUCUGAGUUCUAGGUGUAAUCAUUCCGAGGUGGUUUAAAUAGAAUGUUACAUUCUAGUGAAGCAAAUGCUAAACGAUUUUUUGAUGAUAGAGUUUUUCUUAUUUGUUUGUCUUCUCUGGCCUUAAGUUGGCCAUUUUGUUGAGGACAAAAGGCUAAUGCAAUUCCUUGUGUCGUACUUUAAUGUAAGACAUUGUAUAUUUUGUGAUUAACAAAAUGAUCGCGGUCCAAAGUGCUUAAUAUGUGAUUGAUUAUCUUAUUGUGAGAUGCAAUUCUCUCGGAGGAGUCAGCUGUGUUGGCCAUGGUCACAUGGCUCUCAGCUCACUUUGUAUCAUAGUUCAACACUGAAUAUUUCAAUUUCAUUCA